AUGCCACUUCCAACACCACCGUCGCCGUUGCGCGGCACCCGCACGAGGGAGCCUUCGCCUGUCAUCACGGAGGCGGCCCCGGGCUUGCCGUUGCGGCAGCCCAAAUGUCUGAUGGAUUACGGGAGGAACAAACCACUGGAGGAGGGAAAAGGAGAGAGCGGCAGCAAUACGCGCCUGGAAGACUCGUGUCUGGCGGUUGGUGAUGGGCAGUCGAUGCGGCGGCCCAAUCCGACAGAUAAACUCUUGACGUAUCGACGUAUGCGUUCACGCCUCCAACAAGGUUCACCUGGUGUUGGUUAUACAACGUCGGUUAUUCAGGAUGAUCUUGCGGCAAAACGAGCCGCCGCGUUGGAAGAGACGGGAAUGCCGAUGGAGCCCUUUUUUUUGGCGAGACUGCCAAAAGAAAUGACGGGUUACAUCAUAGAUAUAGAGGAACAGAACCGACAGCUUCGCCAACAGGUCAUUGAACUGCAAGAGGAGCUUCAGCAGGAGCAGCGGCAACAAAAAGGACGCAUCAUAAUGGGCCCAUAUCGCCAGCCAGCGGACGCCGUUGGUGGCAACAACCACAUGGUUGAAGUGGAUGCCGAGAAGGGAGAAGGCUAUUCAUAUGCGACGGAUGGUUUUCCACUUAUUUCUGGUGGGUCAUUAAGCAAAGAGGAGCGAGAGCGUUACAUGAAUGAUGUUCUUGCUCAGGUGGAUGUUAUUGUGCAUGCGCAUCGCAAUCAAAGUGAGGCAAUGAUUCUUAAAUAUAAGCAGGAGGCGGAAGAGGCCAAAAUAGCCCUUAAAAAUCUCCGUGAAUUGAUUGCACUGGAGGGUGUUGAUUUGUCCAUGCUACCAGCAGCUCUGGCAACGUUGUCCGGACCUGCACUCACGGCUGGCAGUGGCGGAGACAACAACAACGGCAACGGAAGCGGUGACAUACGGAAAACAAGCACGAAAUUUUCAACACCAUCGGGAGUCGACACCGCCAUCGCCGGUGUGGUGGCAGUGAUGAAUGAGAAGUGUGCCGCGUUGUUAAGUGAGGCGGUCGACGUGGUGCUUAGGGAUCUGCUGCAGGUGGAGGCGGGCGACGAUGUACCGACGGUGGUGCGUCAGUCGGUGCAGCGCGGCUUUGAACUGUUGGCACGCCACCUCGCAUCUGUGGUCAUAGAGUACAUUAGACAAUGUACAGAGGAAUUGCGUUACACACACAAGGAACGCGAGACGGUGUGUCGUGAACUACGUGAGGAGCUGAAUUUGAGUGAGCGUCAACGCAUGCGGACGGCACGGCAGUACGAAGCGGAGAUUCGUGCAUUGCGUGAUGAGCUUCAUGCUUUUCAUGUCGCUGCAGCCGGGGGUGACGAACUCAGGGGGACAAUUCAUGAGCGGGCCCUUGAGGAAUAUACGGCGCUGCUUGUUGACAGCCGGAAGGAGGCGGAGGCACUGGGCCGUCAGCUGGAGGAGGAACGCUCCGACCACGCUACGACAUGCCUGCGCCUCAAAUCGAGUCUACAACGCCGCAGCUUAGAGUUUGAGGAGGCCGUCGUGCAGCGCGCGGAAGAACUUGUCAGGCUUCGCGACGCAAACAUCGCGGAACUUCAGCAGCGACUGGACACGUUGAGUCAUUUGGAGGAGCGACGUGCAUGCGGACGCUCCACGAAAGCUGUGCAGGUGCAGGCAGCUGAGUCCAUCGUUUUGGACGAGUCAAAUUACAUGCCAAACGUGAUUUCAGUUGCCUCAUCUUUGAAGGGUGCGUCGCCUCUUCCCAGUCAGCGCCUCGCAACACCCACGCAAUCGGGGAACCACGUCACGGCGGCUCCAUUUCCGUCACAGUUACCGUUGGCACCCUUUACGCAGCCACCAAUGACGCCACGCAUCCCGGGCAGGGUGGAAUGUGCCCCACAACAGGAGAACUCUUUCGAAGAGGAGGUGUGGGCCAAGACGAUGGAGCUGCUCGCAAAGUACGCCCAUCUCUCACAAAACUAG